CCCUCACUGGCUGAUUUCUCGGUUUUCGAUGAUACGGUUACUUCUUUCGAAUGCAUCGGCGCAUCAGGCACUCCUCAUGUGCAGGGCGCGAGAAGGCUACCUCCUCAACUCAGACGACAAUCUUCCAGCGACCCAACUUGAAGGCUCUGAAUCGAUACUGACUAGUAGAGCAAACUUGAACCCGAACUUUUCUGGGCUACCAUGGCAGAUACCAUCUCCAUCACCGCUAUUGCUGUUGUUUUAGUCCUCCUUGUGCUCUUGUUACGGUCCCUUCGAGGUCCUCAGCCACUCAUCCGCGGCCCGCCACGCGAUUCUCUCAUCGCUGGAAACCUCGCGCAGCUGUUCUCACCAGGCGGAAUGGAGUAUCACGAAGGGUUCACGAAAGAGUAUGGAAACGCUCUGGAGAUAUAUGGGUUAUUCGGGGAGAAGCAAUUCUUCAUCUCGGAUGCUCAGGCCAUUUCCACGAUCCUCAAUAAUCCUGAUACUUUUCAUGAGACCAAAGCGUUCCGGAGCAUCGCGCGUCUGAUCUUCGGGUCUAGUCUUUUCGCCGCUACUGGCUUUGACCAUAAGAAACUUCGCCGAACACUCAAUCCCGUCUUCGCCACCCGCCACAUCCGAGAUCUUCUUCCCAUAUUCCACGCUAUCGCUCGUCAACUUCAAACUGGCCUCCUUGAAGACAUUCGGUCACGCGCAUCUGCUUCCCAUCGCCAUUCUAAGUCGGCAUCUUCGGAUGUUGGGCGUGAGAAGGUGCUGUCCGCCGAACUUAACGUGCUCGACUGGGUCUUGAGGACGGCAUUGGAUUUGAUUGGGCUUGGGGGUUUGGGUUAUGAUUUCGGGGCGUUAAAGGGUACACACGAUCCUUACAGCGAGACGGCUAGGCACCUCCUGCCAACCGUCUCCGAGGUCAGCUUUAUCACGCCUUUCCUCCACAUUCUCAUGAAGUUCGGAUCUGCAUCAUUUCGUCGCCUUCUGGUUGGGAUGAUCCCCAUCCCGGCGGUCCGGAGGUUCAAGGAGGUGGUUGAUGUUAUGGAUGAGACAGCAAAUCGUGUUUACUGGAAGAAGAAGGAGGCGGUGUCGAAGCUUUUGACGGAGGAGGAUAAUGCUGAGGCGAUGGCAGAGUUGAAGGAUGUUAUGAGUCUUACUCUGGCGUCGAACAUGCAGAAUCCGCGCUUGACCGAUGAAGAAUUAGUCGCCCAAAUGAGCACAAUGAUCUUCGCCGCCCUAGACACAACAUCCGGCGCUAUCGUCCGCACCCUGCAACUUCUGUCGACCCGUCCUGCCAUUCAGGACCGUCUCCGGAACGAGCUAACGGAAGCUAAAGCAGCUAAGAGUGGCGAGGAUCUGGAUUUCGAUACGUUGGACGGACUGCCCUACCUUGAUGCAGUUUGUGCUGAGGUUCUUCGUCUACACCCGCCUGUACCGUUCAUGUCUCGGACGUCUCAAACGCCCUUCGUUCUACCAUUGGCAACACCCGCCCCUGCCUCUCGCUCGAAAGAAGCAUCACAUCUCAACGCCCUUCCUCUCCCUGCUGGAACGACAGUCUACCUAUCAAUCCAGGGGGUGAACCGCGACCCGAAUAUUUGGGGACUGGAUGCGGAUGAGUUCAGGCCAGAUAGGUGGCUGGUGGAUGACGAUACCGACGCAGACGCUAGUGCGAAUGAUAGAGAGGCCGAUAAGGAAAGGCUGAGGAAGGCGAAGAAAGAGGUUCCGAGUCUGUGGAGCUCUGUAUUGUCGUUCUCCGCCGGACCCAGAGGAUGUAUCGGGUUCAAGUUCGGAUUAGUCGAAAUGAAGGUCGUCCUGUCAACCCUGCUCCCCUCCUUCCGGUUCAAACCAUCGGACACCGAGAUCGAAUGGCACCUCAGUUUGACGCAGGCACCACAUGUGGACAUGGAGGGGAAGAAGGUUCCCGGUUUGCCGUUGGUCGUUGAAGUCAUUGAGGCUUAGUCAACCUCUUCUCCGUGCAACGCCCAUAAUCUAUUGGAGCGAGUACUACUCUGUUUUCCAUAAAAUUGUCUAAUGCAGUCCUCUCA